AUGAUUAACACUCGACUGUAUGCAACUUUCAAUCAUUCGAAAGCGCCAACAAAGGAAUUUUUGGGCAGCUUCCUAGACCAUGACUACAGCAUAGCAACCUCCUUACUAUUUGAUGAAGAUGCAAGAAUGGGGUAUAUAUCCACUCUUGCUCAUAUAACUGCUGAGCAAGUACCCAAAGUCACUGAGGAUUUUUACAAAGUGGUGGAUACAUCAUUUGAGUUCCAAGAUGAAGGGAUCGCGUUUAUUGAGUUGUUCUGGGAAACCUUGACUAACUCUACAAAUGAGGUCGUACCUGAUUUACAGAAAAGUAUAUUGAACCGGAGGGAAAGACUUUUGUUGUUAAUUUUGUACAUGGGGAGCUUUGAUGUUUAUGACAGGCUUAUUCUACCAUCGAUUAGGAAAAUUGUGCCUGAGGACCAGCUAACUUUUCUAGACAAGGUAACAACAAUUUUGGGGCUUCAGAGGACUCUUUCGGGCACGUUCCACUAUAACGAGCAAGAGGUGAUGUCGUUAUUAGGAAGUAGCUCCAUACCUGAACAUGAAAAAAAAGAUUUGGUGAAAAUUCUUGUCAAAAACUCUCUAGCUGUGGGAAGCAGUCGCAGUUCGAGAAUGCAUUCGAUUGAGACUUUUGUGAAAUGUGCAAAAUUGGUGGAGGGUGACAGGUGGUUUGUUGAUGAGAAGAUAGUUGAGUAUGAUUCUCUCUUUCAAUUGAUUGGGUUUCCUUCAAGUGACGACAAAUUUGACGACUAUUUCCAGGAAGUUAUAAAAAUUGUUGAAAAGCAUCAUGAUGAAUCUGUUUCGUAUCAUUUUUUGACUAGCAUUAUGAGAAACCUUUCAAAGACAGCACCAUUCGUGACGUAUCGGCUAUUUGAGUUCAAAUUGGCGCAAUGGAGGCAAAGAAAUCUUCCAAGAACAGUUGUCUUGAAUCAUUUGGACCUUGCCUACACUUUGAAAGCAUGUUUGAUACUUGACGAGAAUAAGAUCUACGAGAUUUACUUGCAGAACGAGGAUUUACACGACAGCGAAUCACAAGAAGCUAUUUUCCUUGAUUUAUGUGUUCAGCACAAGGAUUGGAAAUCUUUACAGGAUAGAUUUGAGAACAUGUAUGGAAAGGGUAAUCUACCUGACACUGUACACUACGGAAUAACCAUGCGAGCACUCGAAUUCCUAGAAGCAGAUAGUGAAUUGGAACGAUUGUACGAACAAAUUUUAGAUCGAGGGUUGAUGAUGAAUGCGUCUAUCUUUAUAGCUAGAAUGAAGGCCAAGAUAAGACAGAAGAAUCAAGACGGAGUGGAGCAAUUAUUUGAAGAGUAUAUUUCUUUGGUUCUUCAGAAAAGGGCACACGUGGAUAACAUGUCGCAUGCUUUCCUUUAUGUUUUCCAGAUUUUGUUUCUUGAUGGAGCAAAUGGGACUAUAUUGCAAACACUUUUGAGGUAUUUGGAGAAAGAAUCCCACCUAAAACUACCCAUGGUGUCUGGGAAAGUAUUGAGUUUGAUUGCUAGCCAUCUUUCCCGCAAUUGCGCUUUGAAAGAUUUGGAUAGGCUCUUGGAAAUGGCACAUCAAUUUCAAAAGAUUGACUCUGAUUUUGCCAGUGGUUUGAUUGAUGCAUACACCAAGCUUGGACAGUACAACAAAGCCGAUGAGAUAUCCUACUAUGCCCACGGUCAGACAAACCCACCUUUUUCGGACUUGCAAAUAUAUGCAUCUCAAUUGAAAACCCAUCUUAUUUGGCACAGACAACCCAUUUCACGGAAAACAAAACGAUACAAUGAUGUUAAAAUCAACUACAUUGUAUCCUCGGCAUUGCAAUCCGAAUUCACCCUAUUCCAAUCUCGCCCCGGUGGAAUAGAUAUUUUAAGUUCCGUAAUGGAUUCUUUACGUCAAAACGCCAUCGAGUACUCCCGUUCGAAUUCGUUAAGAUACCUUCGAGGGAGGGCCGUAAAAACAUUACACAAUCUCGCAAAGAGGCAAGCCAUCUACCGUUUGCGGGUAGAUGAAAGAUUGUUUCUACCGCUUAUGAAGCAAAACUUGGUGUAUCAGAACUACAAGCCUUUGAACGUCAUGAAAAUUUUCAAUGAAAUGAACCUAAAACGCGUGUUGGUGAGCGCAGAGUCUUAUGUGCAUGUGAUGAAAGCAUUGAGGUCAUUUGAUAGAAGGUACGAUAGAAGUUACAAAAACAGUACAGAUAUGUUGAAACAGAUGCUUCAGCUGUACGGAUUCGAAGCGGAUAAAUCGAAAUCAAACCCGGAACUCGAUUUUAAGAAGGAUAGUACUUUAAUCUGUGAGAUUUUGGUAAAGUAUGUGCAAUCUGUUGGUCUAAGGAAAGGGGGUGAUUUAUUCUCUCGAUUUGUGGUGUUUUGUGAAGAUUCAUUUGAUGGCAAGUUGCCACUUGAUUUGAAAGUCAAGAUAGACCUAUUUUUGUCCGAUUGUUAUAAGGAAGUCAACAAUGCUGAGUAUGGUGCAUUUUUGAAGGAAAAGUGGGAGGUUUACUGGGGUAUCUUUUCUAAACAUGCUAGAGAGAUGGGUAACAGUAAUCCUACAGCUAUCCCUCCUGUCCUCAACGAUGUCUUGAGUUACUUCACAAUACAGAAAAUGAAGCACCUUAUCGAUACGAAUGCAUUUACUAUCCAUCACCAAAAAGAAAUCAUCGAUGCCCUACGCAUGGGACUCCACCCAAACAUAUUUGAUAUUAACUACGUUCUAUCCCAUUUGUUGAAACAACGACCCCUAAUCCAUUUCCUCGAUAUCAUGAAAGUAAUUGAAGGCCACUUGAUCAAGGGAAACCUUCUGGAGCUCGAAUCAUACAGGGAAAAGAAGCUAUGUUACAAAAUGUGCAUGAACUAUUUGUACAAUGAAUACGAUGAACAGUCUGUGGCCGAUAAUUUCAAAAUCCUUUCGGAUUAUUUCGGCGUGUCCAUGAGCAAAAUCAAAGCUCAAUCAAAAAGAUUGGGACGACUCAACUUUUUAAGAAGUGCUUCUGGAAGGCUAUUCAACAUCAAAACGGCCCCAUAUGGAUCUCGUACUAUGAGUCAGUUUGAUUUUAUUGAAUACUUCAAUCCUGUGCGAGAUCUUUCCAAUGAACCGAGGCUUUUCAAUGAGACUUCGAGGUUGUUAAUAAGUGCCAUUUCUGAAUACGCCAGAGAAAAUGGCAAAGAGAAAAGUUUGUUACCUGUCUCGUUUCCUAAGAUAUCAAAGUUUUACAGUUCCGAUUUGAGUUAUUAUUCAAAAUUGAAUGCCUUUAAUGGCAAAGUCGAUUACUUGAACUCUUUGCGAGAUUCAAGACUUCGGAAAAGCAAAGAUGUAUUGAGACGGUUGUUAUUUGACCACAACAGUACAAAGAUAUUCAUACCAAGUGCAUCCAGCGAUCGGGACGGACGCGAGCAAAACUUGUAA